AUGGCAAGGUGCUCUUGGACAAUAUUGUUUCUUCUCUCUGCCCUUUUCCUUCAGACAGAGCAGACAGUGUUUAUAUCAGCUGAUGAUGCAAACACCGUUAUCAAGAGACAGAGACGUGCCAGUUCCCUACAUUUGGAGGAGGUCCUCCAAGGCAACUUGGAAAGGGAAUGCCUCGAAGAGAGAUGUACGCAUGAAGAAGCAAGAGAAGUAUUCGAAAAUGAUGAAAUGCUUAAAAUGUUUUGGGAUGCCUACUACGGUGGCAGAAGGUGCUCAUCGAGCCCCUGCCAGCACAAUGGUGUGUGUGAGGACAGCAUCCGUGGCUACACCUGCACCUGUGCUGAGGGCUACGAGGGAGAGAACUGUGCUUUUGCUAAAAAUGAAUGUCACCACCAACCGAAGGAAGGAUGUCACCAUUUCUGCUACCCAGGAAUUAAUUCCUACCAUUGUUCCUGUGCUGAUGGCUAUGAGCUUGGGAAGGACAAAAAACAGUGCAUUGCAUUAGAUCAAUGUGCAUGUGGCAGACUUCAAGACAGUGAUAAUCGGAUAUGUGGAACCAGGAAGAAAAGUGAUGAGCCGUUUCCCUGGCAGGUCCUGCUGUUAAACUCGGAAGGGAAGGGCUUCUGUGGAGGAGUACUGCUAAGAAGUAACUUUGUGUUGACUACAGCAGAAUGUGCCCUUCUGCACAGCCAUUUUGAAGUCAGGGUUGGCACUGGGCCUAAUGGAACAGAGAAGAUAACGCUAGUUCGUGAGAAACAUGUACACAUCCGCUAUGAUGAAGACACAGGCGAGAACGACAUUGCAUUACUACAACUCCAAGAGCAUGUUGAGUGCAACAGCCACCAGCUUCCUGUAUGCGCCCCUGAAAGAGACUUUGCAGAGCAUGUUUUAAUUCCAAAACUGCCUGGUACAGUCAGUGGCUGGAGAAUGGAAGGUGAUGAACUUCACAGGAUAAUUUUUUUUCCUGCUGAGGACUGCAAACAAACACUUAACAUAAGCCUCACAAACAGGCAGUUUUGUGGACACCUCCAGGAGGCUGUCGACAAACAACUGGCUGGAGGAAGUUUUUUAGUUACCAAAUAUAAGGACACUUGGUUUCUGACUGGUAUCCUGGGACCUUGGCCACUGGAAGACACUGACUGGGAAACAUUUCUAUUCACUAACACAGCAAGGUACAUGAUAUGGUUUAAACAAAAGAUGAACUAA